CUGCCUCCCCGGGGGGGGGCCCCGCCGGGGGCCCGGCCAGCGGCCCCUGAGGCCGGGAAGGAGCCGCCGGCGAAGCGAUGCAGGAAGCCAUUGUGAUCACCGAGCAGCCGGUCUCCGUCUCCGUCCCUGUGGGAUACUCCUUCGCCCUGCGGUGCAGAGCUGAGGGACGCACGUCGCUGCAGUACCAGUGGUUUUGUCAGCACCAGUCUAUCUGCCGCCAGAUUCCUGGUGCCACCAAGCAAGACUUGCCCAUCACUGCACAGCAGACUCAGCUCUACACCUGCAGAAUCAAUGACUUCAACAAAAAUGCUGUUUUCUCCGACUGGGUGAAGGUGGAGGUCCAUCAGUGUGUCGCCAGAGGACUGCCCCCUCAGCUCUGGGGAGGAGAACCGGUCAUCGUCCUCAACCCCACCGAGCAGAGGGUGGAGGUGGGGAAGCCGCUACAGCUGCAUUGUGCUGCCAUGGGGGUCCCAGCCCCCAGCUACCAGUGGUACCGGAAUGGGAACCUGCUGGAACAUCAGAAGAAAAAAAACCUCUGGGUAACGUUGCCUUGGGAUAGUUCGGAAACUUUAACUGCUGAGAUCACCCAUGCAAAGAUCAGUGACUCCGGCACAUACCUCUGCUGUGCCUCCAAUAGCCAUGGAGAGCACUGGACCAACGCCGUGGAUAUUCACGUAGGUACAAGUCGCUCUGAAAAGUAUUUUGCUACAGGCAAGAUAGCACUUUUAGUGGGCAACAACCGCUACCAGCAUCACCCCAACCUCAUGGCUCCCAUCACGGACGUGUUUGAGCUGAGUCGUCUUCUGGAGCAGCUGGGCUUCCAGGUUGUCUCCCUUCUGGAUCUGAACAAGGCUGAGAUGGUGACAGCGGUCAGUCGGUUCCUGCAGCUCCUGGGGAAGGGAGUCUAUGCUAUAUUCUACUACGCUGGGCACGGGUACGAACAUUCAGGGAGGAACUACAUGGUCCCUGUUGAUGCUCCACAACCCUACGCCCCUGAGAACUGCAUCAGUGUGCAAAGGAUCCUCCAGAAGAUGCAGCAGCAGCAGACGGCCCUGAACCUCAUCCUGCUGGACACCUGCAGGAAAUGGUACAACCCGGAGUGUGCCCUCUCCCAGGUACAGCCACUGGAGCCCUGGGGCAAUACCGUUUAUGGCUACGCCACGAGCGAAGAUGCAGAAGCCUAUGAGUUGCAGGACGGGGAGUUCAGCUCUGGGAUCUUCAUGAAGUACCUGAAGAAACAUAUUCUGCAAGAGAAGAAGGUUACACACAUGCUGGAGGAUGUGUUAGAAGACAUCGGCCGCGAUCCCUUGGUCACUGGGAAGCAGGUGAUGGAGAUCAAACAUACUCUGAAGGAAGCCCGGUCCCUGACAGACCCAAUCUGUCCCUUGGGAGCAGCUGCCGAGCACUGGGGACGUGGCUAUGAGCCUCUGAGCAAAAUGGUGACCUUCCCCUGCGGGGCACAGGUGGAGCUCCGCUUCCACCGGCUCUUCUCCAAUGUGAUGUAUGUGUCCGCCAAGCUGCAGCCCCCCCCGGCCCACAUCACUGAUGCCCGCCUCCUGCUCUGCCAGUCCACCGAGAUGGACGACGUGGCCACCCUGAAAGAGAGCCGCCUGGACCAAGUGGAGUCUCUGCUUGCCUCUGUGUACAAGCGGGAGGAGCUGGACUGCAUCUUCCAGCUCUGUGGACUACAGAAAAUUCAGACGGACGUGGUCCUGCAGUUGGAUUUGCAUUACACCCGGCUGAGCACAAAGCAGAGGACUUGUGAAAGCCUGCAAACAACCCUCCAGAAAUCUCUGCUAGGGCAGUUUUUCAGCCAGAGGAAUUACUCCCAGCCAAACUACCAGAGAACUCCUGCCUGUUCAGGCAGCGUGUGCCUCCAGGAUGCGUUGGUGCUGAGCACAGACCCGAAGGGGCAAGCAUCUCUGAGGACAGGCUCUGGCCACAGCUUGCCCAGCAACAACCCCUCCAACUCCAGUAGUGAGCCAGAGGAGAAUGAUGAGAGCGACCUGAGCGAGCUGUGCUCAGCACUGCUCCGGGCUGGCCCAGGACAGGACUACCCCUGAGCCCGUGGGCUGGCAUGCUGAGCCUUGGGAACUGCUAUUUUUAAUAGAGGCAACAGUUAUUUGAGUGCUAAAUACAUCAGAAUCCAUCAGCUGCUUUCCAGCCUUGGCGAUCACACUGUUCAAAUGAGGCCAAAGGCUGCUUUUUUGGAAAGACUUCUCCCAUCUGCACCCUGUGGCGCACGGGGCCUGAAGCCCACUGGAAAUAACCCCUGUCCCGUGGGAGCGGUAGGGAUCAGCAAGGAGUUGUCAUUGUGUCUGGCGGAGGACAGGGCCACCCAACAAGUCAUAACAUUGCCAGGCAAACCCCAAAGUUGCUUGAAGUCAAGGGCACCGGCUGAUGUUUUCUGAGAAUUAGGCUUUGCCUGAAAGCAAACAUUACGGCAUUAAAUGCGAUGAGAAACCCAUAAACACUACAGACCCAUGCUACAGCAGCGACACAGCCUCAAAACCCAACUACAACUGCUGACUCUCACCGCACUUGUGCAAGGGACACAAGGCUUGACCAAGGGAGUCAAAUGAAACUGUGUGAAUGUAUAAGCUCUCCCCUGGGGUCGCGGCAUGGUUUUCUUUCCUUGCCAGUCCUGCCUGUGUCAAAGCAGGUUUUAAGUUAUGCAUUUAUGUAUUUCU